GUGGAGUAAUAGCCAAGAUUUCAUAAUCAGUUCUAAGGGCAGGCCAACAUUAGUCAGCAGAUGGAAGCUGGAAACCCAAAGUUAGUCUGUGCGUGGACCCCGAAGCGAGACAAUCACAAUCCAGCGAUGAAGAUGAGUUUGCUGCCUACUCUGCUGAUGGUAGUGCUAGGUGUGAUGUGGGCCCACGCUGCCAUCAACCCAGAAGCUGGCUAUCCGUACGAGAGACCGAGUGAGGAGCUCCAGCUGCUGACAGAGGAGCCUCAUCCCAGGGAGCAACGUCUCAAGGUGCGUGCGGGCGGAGUGGUGGUGAUGCCUGGCCAGCGGCGACAGCUGUCCGCACGCCACAAAUGCCAUAACAACAAAGACGGCAGUGCGGAGGUGGAGGCGCAGGCGGAGGCUGCUGCUCUGGCCAGAUACCAUGCGGCGCGUCCCCCGCCGCGUCGCCUGUCGAGGCACAAGGAAGUCCAGGUGGACAGUGAGUUCUUUGAGCCCUCGCCGGAACGGGUCGAGGAGCUCAAGCGAAUUCUGCUCGACCAGCAAUAAAAUGAAAUGC